CCUGAUCUGACCUUUCAAGUGUUAAAAAAUGAUUCUUUCAGGUGGUUGAGGUAAACAAUGUCUGUUGUUUAAGUAAACCGGAUUUCCUAUACUCACAACUUCCAAUAUUCAAUUGAAUAGCACUGAUAAAUCAGCUAAUGCAGGAAACCAGCAUCUCAGAAAGCAUCUUAUCUCUUAGUGUGCAGACAUUAUUCGAUAUCCUCUUGGGUCACACAUACUAUAGGGCUGGGUAGUGAAUUACUCUAACCAUGUGUGUGAGUGGAGCACAUGACAGAGGGGUGGAGAAAGCAUUGUAGGGGCACGGCACUAAACCUCCCACAGCCAAUAAGAACUUGACUGACCUCACCAUUUAGCACCAUAGUGUCCAGAUCAUCCAGCUGUUUGAUCUGGGCACUGAAUGAAGUCAACUUUUCAACUUCGCUUUCAGUCAGUGGAAAUAGAUGAAGUCUGAGACCGAGGUGCCACUGGCAAGUUUUGGACUGUCACACUGGAUAUAGACCCACAGAUCACUUCUAGAGUAUCUGUGAAACAUAUGCAGUAAUUUUUUUUUUAUAUUUCAUAUAUAUUCCAAGACCCUCAGUCCUACUCAAUGAUGUGUGCACUGUGUUAACGUGCCUCCGAGACUUCUGUUUAUCUGCAGAGCUCAUCUGGCCCCGUUGGAGAGCUCCUGCCAAGGUCCUCAUAUUUGUAUAACGUGUUGAAAUUGAAGAGUUUUGUGAGCAAAAAUGGCGCCUGCUGUCGGUGGUCCUCAAGGCUACACUCCACCUGAGGGUGGCUGGGGAUGGAUGGUGGUGAUUGGGGCCUUCAUCUCCAUUGGCUUUUCCUAUGCAUUCCCCAAGUCCAUCACUGUCUUCUUCAAAGAGAUUGAGGUGAUCUUCAACGUGACCAGCAGCCAGGUGUCCUGGAUCUCUUCCAUCAUGUUAGCAGUCAUGUACGGCGGAGGUCCAAUCAGCAGUAUCCUGGUUAAUAAAUACGGGAGUCGUCCUGUUAUGAUGGCGGGAGGAUGCCUGUCUGGAUUUGGUCUUAUUGCUGCCUCUUUCUGCCAUACAGUUCAAGCACUGUACUUUUGUAUUGGUGUUGUGGGAGGUUUAGGAUUGGCCUUCAACCUUAACCCUGCCCUCACUAUGAUUGGAAAGUAUUUCUACAAGAAACGGCCUAUUGCUAAUGGGAUUGCUAUGGCUGGAAGUCCUGUCUUUCUCUCCACCCUGGCUCCUAUAAACACCUGGCUCUUUGAAAAGUUUGGCUGGAGAGGAAGUUUCCUGAUCCUGGGUGGCCUGCUCUUCAAUUGCUGUGUUGCUGGUUCCCUCAUGCGGCCUAUAGGACCAAAACCCAAACCCGUGGAAAGGUCUACAGAGAGGAGGACCGCAUCGCAGAUCAUUAACAGCUUCAUUGACCUCUCUUUGUUCAAACACCGUGGCUUUUUGCUCUAUAUUUCAGGCAAUAUUAUCAUGUUUUUCGGCCUUUUUACACCGCUGGUGUUCCUCAGUAAUUAUGCAAAGAGUAAAGAUAUCCCUAAAGAGAAAGCAGCUUUCUUACUGUCUGUGCUAGCUUUUGUUGACAUGGUUGCCCGGCCUGCAAUGGGUGCUGUGGCCAAUACCAAAUGUAUCCGACCCAGAGUGCAGUACUUCUUUGCUGCCUCUGUACUGUACAAUGGGUUGUGCCACAUCUUCGCACCAGUAUCAGUAGACUACAAAGGUUUUGUGAUUUAUGCCAUCUUCUUUGGCUUUGCUUUUGGCUGGUUGAGCUCAGUACUGUUUGAGACUUUGAUGGACCUGGUGGGAACCCAACGCUUCUCCAGUGCUGUCGGGCUGGUCACAAUUGUGGAGUGUGGUCCUGUGUUGUUGGGGCCCCCUUUGCUUGGGAAGUUCAAAGAUAUCUACCACGAUUAUAAGUACACAUACCAGAGCUGUGGGAUCCUCCUCAUCGUCUCCAGUGUUUUCCUGUUUAUAGGAAUGGGAAUCAACUAUCGUCUGUUGGACAAAGAGAAAAAAGAAGAGGAGAGGAAGGCCAGGGUGGGAGUUAGAGAAAAGCCCCACUGGGACAAGGAGGUGGCAGAGGCUAAGAACACAGAAGACACUGUCUAAUUUCCUGACCUCUGUGAAAUUGCAUUUCUGUUCAAUUUAAUGUUUCCUGUGAGAUGUUUAUUCUUGAAAAAUAGAUGCUUGAGUGAAACAGAACAGACUCAUUUACAACUUCUGAUUCUUCUUCUGUUUCAUAAUGUACUGUUUUCAAGACCACAAGAAAAAUCACUUCUAACCUCACAUGCACUUCAAUGGGAGAUAUUUGUACUCUUAUGAACAAGCCACAUAAAAUACCUCUAAUGUUCUUACAGGGACUGGUAUAUGUGUUUGGUAAACUAUUCAAGUUUGCAAUGGCCUUUAAUGUCACUCAUAUUAAUAGCAUGUUAUGAUAUUUUUAAUCUCAGAUGGUAUCAUUAUAACUUCUCUAACUUUCCUGCUGCAUAUUAUAGUGUUCUAACCUUCUAACGUGUACCAUCAGAUAAUUAAAGUUCAUUUUCAAGAGGGAACAUGAGCAGUGCAGAGCUUUAUAUAUUAAAAGAGACUGCAAACAUUCUUUGUGAAAGAGCAUAAUUGCAUUAUUCACCUCACUUUGUUUGCCAUCCCACCCCUCAAACACUGUAAAGACCUUUUCCUGUUUACAAGGUCCUGAAAGCAUUGUACUGUUAAUGAGGGUUUGAAAAUAUCUUUGGUGCCACUAUUACUUUGUUUAUUCCACAAAUAUAUUCAUACUAAUUCUUAAUUUUUCUUUUAAACAUGUUUUGCUGGUCCAUUUUUGAUGAUUGAUGAUGGGAAUUGUAGAUGUAAUGGGGCAUUAAAACCUUGCUGUAUUAUUUUGUGUAUUCACAUGAUAGGAAAAUGUGCCACUGACUGCAAGUUACUUCAGAAAGUCAAAUAAACUGUCAUUUGAAAAGAA